AUGCGUCUUCUAGAGUACGGAGAAGAUGGUAACCUUACGAUUACCAGCUUCGAUGACGACGCGAUACCACCUUAUGCGAUACUCUCACAUACCUGGGGGGCGGACACAGAGGAGGUGACCUUUAGUGACAUCACAAAGGCUGAUAACAAGCAUAAGCUUGGCUAUGAGAAGAUUCGCUUCUGCGGAGACCAGGCACGAAAGGAUAAGUUGCAGUACUUCUGGGUUGACACAUGCUGCAUCGACAAGACAGACCUGAAUGAGCUCUCUACAGCAAUUAGGUCUAUGUUUCGCUGGUACCAAAACGCGACCAAGUGCUACGUGUACCUACCUGACGUUUUGGCAAAUGAGCAAAGAUCAGAUGAGAUGUUUGCCCAGCCCUGGGAGCCUGCCUUUAGGUCAAGUCGUUGGUUCACACGCGGGUGGACGCUUCAAGAGCUUCUUGCACCGAGCAAAGUAGAGUUUUUUACUCGAGAGGGAGAAAUGCUUGGUGAUAAGACGUCGCUAACGCCAUUGAUCAGCAAGAUUACUGGCAUCCCACCCCAAGUGCUCCAAGGCACACUUGCCCAGUUCGACAUCGAAGAGCGCCUGCGUUGGAGAGGGCACAGACAGACUAAACUAGAAGAAGAUAUGGCAUACUCAUUGUCAGGUAUCUGUGAUGUUGAUAUUGCGCCUAUAUAUGGCGAGGGCGAAAAGGCAGCUUUCGGACGGCUGCAUGACAAGAUACGAAAGUUGAAAGACUGCGUCCGCGACUUGCGUUCCAGUGACCCUUAUGAUGAUAAGAAACGUAUUGAGGAUACAAAGGGCGGACUGCUAGCAGACUCCUACCGCUGGGUUCUCAACAACACCACUUUCCAGCAAUGGCAACAGCACCAGCACACACAGAACCCGCACACUCAGCUUCUAUGGAUAAAGGGAGAUCCUGGUAAAGGGAAGACGAUGUUGCUCUGCGGCAUCAUCAACGAACUGCAGCAGACCUUCACUCCCCAAAGCACUCUUCUAGCGUAUUUCUUUUGUCAAGCAGCCGACCCACGAAUAAAUAGUGCCACGGCUGUGCUACGAGGCCUACUAUACAUGCUCGUUACUCAACAACCAUCUCUUAUGUCGCACGUUCUCAGGAAGUAUGAGACUGCUGGAAAGGCCUCCUUUGAAGACGCGAAUGCUUGGGUGGUUUUGUCGGAAAUCCUCGAAGACACACUUCAUGACCUACACCUGCGCCCAACGUAUGUGAUCAUCGAUGCGCUCGACGAGUGCGUCACUGAUCGACCCCACCUCCUAGAGUUCAUCGCCAGGCAUUCAUCUAUAUCUCCCCGGGUGAAAUGGAUAGUCUCGAGCCGUAACUGGCCAGAAAUUGAAGAGCACCUAGAGCAGCAGGCAGGACACCAAGCGACCUUGAGCCUCGAGUUGAACGCGGAGUCAGUUUCAGCAGCAGUUGAUCUCUUUAUAGAACGUAAGGUGGAUCAGCUGGCGCGGGAAAAGCAAUACAAGGCAGAAAUUCGCGACGCUGUACUGCAGCACUUGAGGUCGAACGCCGGCGAUACCUUCCUCUGGGUGGCGUUGGUGUGCCAGGAUCUGAGGAAGACACCAAAAUGGAGCGUGCUAAAGAAGCUAGCUUCAGUAUUCCCACCUACACUGGAUUCUUUGUAUGGGCGAAUGAUGGACCAGAUAAGCGAGUCAGACUCCGCCGAGAUCUGCCAGCAUGUACUGGCUUCUGUUGCUAUCUUGUAUCGACCUGUCACGAUCUCUGAAUUGUUUGCACUGGUGGAGCAACUUGAAGACGUAAAUGACCUAGAGACGAGGCAGCAGAUUAUCGGCUACUGUGGAUCCUUUCUCACAUUGCGAGAAGACACAGUCUAUUUUGUGCAUCAGUCCGCAAAGGACUUUCUCUUCGCGAAGGCAUUCAAUAGCGAAGUCUUUGUAGAUACGAUCGAAGACGUCCAUCAGAACAUGUUUUCAAGGUCGUUGUCCAUUCUAGACAGAACAUUAGGCAAGGAUAUGUACAGUUUGGAAGCGCCAGCAUAUCCUGUCGAGGACAUCGAAACAAAUGGUUCAGAUCCGCUCGCUGAGUCGCGAUAUUCAUGCGUCUACUGGAUUGACCAUCUGUACGACUCGAAGCCGGAACCUUCACAAGUUGCAGACCGAGUUGGCAAGUUUCUGAGGGAGAAGUACCUUUAUUGGCUAGAAGGACUUAGUCUAUGCAGAGGUGUAGGUAGAGGCGUCGUGUCGAUGACAAAACUUUGGUCUUUAGCGCAGGGAAUGCGCAACCAAGAAGAGCUUAUCCAGAUUGUUGAAGAUGCGCGCAGAUUCAUCAUGUACCACAGGGGAGCGAUUGAGGGUUACCCUCUUCAGACUUAUGCAUCCGCAAUCCUCUUCAGCCCAACGGGCAGUUUGAUCAGGCAAUUGUUCGAGCAAGAAAAGCUGGACACGAUCAAGAUCAGGCCAGUAUUGAGCGAGGGAUGGAGCGCGUGUCUGCAAACGCUCGAGAACCAUGGCAGUGAUGUCACUUGUGUGACCUUCUCGCACGACUCAACACGACUGGCAUCAGGAUCUGAAGACCGAACUGUGAAGGUGUGGGACGUCAGCAGUGGCGAGUGCCUGCAGACGUUUGAGGGCCAUGAGGAUUAUGUCACCUCUAUAACAUUCUCGCAUGACUCAACACGACUGGCAUCAGCAUCGGAAGACAGUACUAUCAAGCUGUGGGAUACAAGAAAUAGCGGCCUGUGUCUACAGACGCUAGAAGGACAUAGUGACUGGGUGAACUCGGUGGCCUUCUCACACGACUCAAAACGGCUUGCAUCAGCUUCGGGUGACAGAACUAUCAAAUUAUGGGACACAGGUACUGGCACGUGUCUAAAGACGCUGAGGGGUCAUAGCGGUAAUAUUAGGUCCGUGGCUUUCUCGCACAACUCGACACGGCUAGCAUCAGCCUCCUUUGAUACUACUAUUAGGAUAUGGGAUGUAAGCAGCGGCACGUGUUUGAAGACAUUCAACGGCCAUCGUCUUACUGUCAGGUCUGUAGCCUUCUCUCAUGACUCGUCGCAGCUAGUUUCCGGGUCAGAAGACCACACGAUUAAGGUGUGGAACACAAGUAGCGGUACGUGCAUGCAGACCCUCAAGGGACACAACGAUUGGGCAAACUCCGUGGCCUUCUCACACGACUCAACACGGAUAAUAUCAGCGUCUGGUGAUGGGACUGUCAAGGUAUGGGAUCCAAAUGGCACGUGUCUGCAGACGUUCGAGGGUCAUAUUAGUACUGUUAAGUCCAUCGCCAUCUCGCACGACUCGAAGUGGCUGGCAUCAGCGUCGGGUGACAAAACCGUCAAAGUGUGGGAUGCAAACAACACGGGUCUGCAGAAACUCGAGGGCCACAGCGGCAUUGUGAGGUCCGUGGCUUUCUCACCUGAUGAGAUGUGGCUAGCUUCGGCAUCCAGUGACAGCACUAUCAAGAUAUGGGAUACGAAUAGUGGCGCAUGCCUAAAAACUCUGGAAGGUCAUGGUAGCACGGUUACCUCUGUGGCUUUCUCCCACGACCCAAAACCCCGGCUGGCGUCGUCGUCUAGCGACCUGACUAUAAAGCUGUGGGACGUCAGCAGUGGCACGUGUCUGGAGACGAUCACCGUUGACAAUCCCGUCUUCGAACUCUCAUUUGAUGCCACUGGUGCUCGACUUGUUACUGAAACAGGCACCAUCAACAUUCAGACCUUAGAGAUGUCGUCGCCCAGCACAAUGGAUUUCCCAGGGCCGACGCGCCGCUCGACAGACCUGGGGACUGGCUUUAGUUCAGACGGCAUAUGGAUUCAGCAUGAUGGGAGAAACAUGCUAUGGGUACCUUCGGAGUACCGACCGUCACGUUCGGCCGUUUGCGGGACCAUGGUUGGUGUUGGUGUUGGGUCCGGCAGAGUCUGGAUUUGCAGUAUAGAUCUCUAG